ACGGCGAUGGCAGAUGAUGGCAGAGUCAAAGGAUAUCGCAGAAUUAUCCACGGCAAAAUCUACAAAACGAGAGGAGAGAAUUUAUGCUGCAGUAUUUCUGAGUACUGUCGCGGGUAUUUCUGCUCUCUCUGGCUUUGCUAGAGCAGUGACAAUAGCCAGAAGACAAGAUCCAAAGUAUUUCGGGGAGGGAAUAUCUGGCAUUAAACUCCAUGAAACUGGAACUUCGUUGGCGAUACGUGCCCUUGGUUGGGGUUCUUUAUGCGCUGUUACGGGAUGCGGUGUAAUUUUCUAUGGAAUUUGGAGGCUUACUGGUGCCACUAAUAUGACAGAGUUCAGAUUCAAGAUGGGUUCUCUGUUGCCAAAGAUACCCAAGAACGAUCCGCCUCAAAGUAGAACAGAGUUCGAAGGCCUAACAGAUCUGCUGACAUAUAUUUCUGAAGAUUGGGGACGAAACACAGAAAUAAAGAAGAUGUGAAUACGUAUGCAAUAUUAUUUGUCGCGUUUAUAUUAUCUUAUGCUAAUAGAUUUAUCAAUUAUUAUACGACCUUUGAUGUUAUUUGAGUCAUGUGAUCAGUCAUACGAGCUGUCGUAGAACAUGUGAUGUAUAAUUUGCAUACAGUAACGUUGUGCACUUUUUACUUGUAUAUGCUUCCUGUAAAAAAAAAGCUAGAUAUUUAAAGCAUUGAAUGUGACACAACAUUUACACAUGUUUCUUACAAGAAAAUAUUCAUGUGUGGAAAGACUGUUAUAUAUUUGUAUA